AUGUCUUCAAGAAUCAUCGUCGGUAGUGCAGCGCUAGCCGCUGCCAUCACAGCCAGCAUCAUGGUCAGGGAGCAGAGGGCCAAGGGCCAGGGAAGAGAUGGCAGGGCCAGCGUCUGCUACAACAACCAGGACUACGGCAGCUCGGUGCCUCCGCAGUGGGGAAAGCUGCACAACAUCAAGCAAGGACUGAAGGAGGACGCAUUGUCGUUGAAGGACGCCCUGCUAGGCGUUUCACAGCAGGCCAGGGAGGAGGCUCCUGGUGCAGUCAGACGUGUGAUCUCCGCAGAGGAGGACUCUCGGACACGCAAGAACUUAAGUCAGAAGUCCAAGGACUCUUCCUCGCAGAGCAUCUUUAACUGGGGGUUCAGCGAGGCUGAGAGAAGAAAGGCCAUAGCCAUCGGAGAGUUCGAUGUUGCGAAGAAACGGUUCGAAGAGGCUGUAGACCGCGGCGAGAAGGAACUCUUGUCCACUGUGAUGAGAGAGAAGAAAGCCGCCUUGGACAGGGCAUCCUUGGAGUACGAGAAGUACGGGAAGGCUGGGGACUUCAACGAGCUGUCGGACAAGCUGGACCAGCAGGAGAGGGACAGCAACCCUUUGAAUCGUUUGCUGAAGAAGAACGUGAACAGCGGUAGUACCGAAGAAGCUGCUGCAAGAAGUGUGCGAGGCUGGGGUGAAACUGCCCAGGAGUUUGGUAGAGAGGAGAUGGAAGAGGCCAAGAGGAACGCGUCUUCGCAGCCUAGUGAGGCCCAAAGGCGUCUCAACGAACUGAAGAAGAUCAAGGAGAAGGGCUGGUUCGGUUACAACAAGGGCGAACAAAGCGAGCAGCAGAUUGCUGAAAGAGUGGCCAGGGGCCUGGAAGGCUGGGGUGAAACUGCGGCCCAACUUUCUAAGGAUGAAAUGGAUGAUUUGAGAUGGAAUUACGAAAACUCGAAGAAGCAACUGGACAAAAACGUGUCGGACGCGAUGACUUCAUUGUCCAAAGCCAAGGAGGACUUGAAGCAGUAUGGUAGCCAUUGGUGGUCUGGAUGGACGGCCAAGGUCGACAACGACAAGGAAGCUUUGAAAGAUGAAGCUCAGAAAAAGUACGACGAAGCAUUAAAGAAGUACGACGACGCCAAGGACAAAUUUAAGGAGUGGACCGAUAACGGCGAUGGCAAAUUUUGGAGCUCAAAGAAAAACUAG